GAAUGUGACAUCACAGAUAGAGAGGGUUUAAAAGCGAUCGAUGCUAGUGUUGUGGACCUGAGUCAACAUGUUCACCCUCAUCCUAGCAUCAGUGCUCAUCGCCAGCGCCUUUGGGUGUGGAAAACCACCCAUCGAGCCUCUCGUGUCUCGUGUGGUCAAUGGAGAGGAAGCAAGACCACAUAGCUGGCCCUGGCAGGUCUCUCUGCAGUAUCAGAGUGGAAGCUCAUUUUACCACACCUGCGGGGGAUCUAUCAUUGCUGAAAACUGGGUGAUGACUGCUGCUCACUGCAUCAGUUCUGGCCGCAACUACAGAGUGCUAAUUGGCAAGCAUGACCUGUCAGUAAAUGAGGAAGGAUCCAAGACUAUCAGCGCACAGAAGAUUAUUGUGCAUGAGAAAUGGAACUCAAUGUUUGUUGCUCUUGGAAACGACAUUGCCCUGAUCAAGUUGUCUGAGCCUGUGACACUGAGUGAUACUAUUCAGUUGGGCUGUGUUCCUGCUCCUGGCGACGUUCUCCCAAACAACUACCCUUGCUAUAUUACAGGCUGGGGAAGACUCUCCACUGGUGGUGCUCUUCCUGACAGACUUCAGCAGGCACUGAUGCCAGCUGUGGAUCACGCCACCUGCUCCAGGUUUGACUGGUGGGGCUCCAGUGUCAAGGAGACCAUGGUCUGCGCUGGUGGAGACGGUGUUGUCGCUGGAUGCAAUGGAGACUCCGGCGGUCCUCUGAACUGCAAGAACUCCGACGGCAUCUGGGAGGUCCAUGGAAUUGCCAGCUUUGUUUCUGGUUUGGGCUGUAACACUAUUAGGAAGCCUACUGUUUUCACCCGUGUGUCUUCUUUCACUGACUGGAUCGACAAGGUCAUGAUGAACAACUAAGAAGAAACAAGGAUGUCAUUAUAUUAAUACCACAAAACCAACACACAGAGAAGAAAGUAAAUAAAAACAUAAUGACUCAACAA